AUGGCAGCUGAAAAAACAUUGCCUCAAAUCUUUAAGUUUGUCGAUCAGAACAAAGAAUCUUAUAAACAACUUUUAAAAGAGGCUGUUGCAAUUCCAUCUGUGUCAAGUGACGCUAAACACCGCGGUGAUUGUGUUCGUAUGGUGGAAUGGAUGCAAGAGAAAUUAAGAGAAGUAGGAGCUUCGACAGAAUUAAGAGAUAUUGGUUUUCAAGUUUUGGAUGGAGUUGAAGUAAAGCUACCUCCUGUGUUAGUUGGUUCUUUAGGAAAUGAUCCAAAGAAAAAUACAAUCUGUAUCUAUGGCCACUUAGAUGUUCAACCAGCUCUCAAAUCAGAUGGCUGGCAAUCUGAACCAUUUGAGCUAGAAGAAAGAAAUGGCAAACUUUAUGGAAGAGGAUCUACCGAUGAUAAAGGUCCUGUAUUGGGCUGGUUACAUGCCAUCAAUGCUUAUAAAGGUGUUGGUGAUGAAUUGCCUGUGAACUUGAAAUUUAUUUUUGAAUGUAUGGAAGAAUCUGGGUCCGAAGGUCUAGAUGAGUUACUUAUGGAAAAACUAAAGCCUGAAGGAUUCUUUGACUCGGUUGACUAUGUAUGCAUAUCUGAUAACUAUUGGUUGGGAACAACAAAGCCAUGCAUUACAUAUGGCUUACGAGGAAUUAGCUACUAUUUCUUAGAGAUAGAGUGUGCCAAGAUGGAUUUACAUAGUGGUGUCUAUGGAGGAACUGUACAUGAAGCCAUGACAGAUUUGAUCUAUCUGAUGAAUGAAUUAGUGGAUAAGGAUGGAAAAAUUUUGAUCACAGACAUUUACAAAUCUGUUGCUCCUCUUGAUGAAAACGAGAAGAAGCUUUAUAACUCUAUUGAUUUUGACCCAGAGUCUUACAGACAGUCAAUUGAGGCUUAUAAACUCCCUCAUAAUGCUGUUAAGGAGCAGUUACUGAUGCAUCGCUGGAGGUAUCCCAGCUUAUCCCUUCAUGGUAUUGAAGGUGCCCAUUAUCAAACUGGUGCCAAAACGGUUAUUCCGGCGAAAGUGAUUGGAAAAUUCUCUAUUCGCAUUGUGCCAAAUCAAGAGCCUGAAGAAGUUGAAAAACUUGUUUUUGACUAUAUAAAUCAAAAGUGGGCAGAGCGCGGGUCGCCCAACAAGUUGCGCAUCACGGCGCAGAGCGGGCGCGCGUGGACGGAGAACCCUGACCACCCGCACUACCAGGCCGCGGCGCGCGCCACCAAGCUAAUAUACCAGACCGACCCCGACAUGUCGCGCGAGGGCGGCUCCAUCCCCGUGACCAUCACGCUGCAGGAGGCGAGCGCGCGCAACGUGCUGCUGCUGCCCAUGGGCGCCGGCGACGACAUGGCGCACUCGCAGAACGAGAAGCUCAACGUGCGCAACUACAUCGAGGGGAUAAAACUAUUCGCCGCAUACCUCUACGAAGUAGGAAAACUUCCUAAA